AUGGAUGCCGCCAUAGAUCAAUUCGACAUGUCAGACGCUGCGCGAGCUCUUGAUAUUGACAACAUUCGUUUCCAACUGAUUCGACUUGAAGAUACCAUCACUUUCCACCUCAUUGAGCGCGUACAAUUCCCUCUGAACCGUACUAUUUAUGAACCUGGUGGUAUCAAGAUACCGGACAGCGACCUGUCGCUCAUGGACUGGAUUUUGAGAGGCCAAGAGCAACUCCAUUCAAUUGUGCGCCGCUACGAAUCGCCAGACGAAUACCCGUUCUUCCCCAACGAUCUCCAAAAGCCCAUCCUACAGCCUGUCAACUACCCCGAAAUUCUACAUCCGAAUAAUGUGAACGUCAAUCCGCAAAUUAAGGAAUCCUACAUCAAGGAUGUUCUACCUGCGGCUUGUGAGCAUCGUCUAGAAAGAGGCGAGACGAAAGAGAACUUCGGGUCUACUGCUGUCUGCGAUGUAGCAUGCUUACAAGCUCUGUCGCGCCGUAUACACUUCGGGAAAUUCGUGGCCGAAUCCAAAUUUCGUUCUGAAACAGAGAAAUUUGUGAAGCUCAUCAAGGCGGAAGACCGCGAAGGCAUAGACAUCGCCAUCACCAAACCGGCCGUCGAGGUGAAAGUACUAGAACGAUUGAGGCUGAAAGCAAAGACCUAUGGCACAGACCCAGACAAUCAAUUAAGACCCAGCAAGAUAAAUGUCGAUGCUGUCGUUGCUAUGUAUAAGGACCAUGUUAUUCCUUUGACAAAAGAGGUAGAAGUCGAGUAUAUGAUGCAAAGACUGAAAGAUACAGAGUGGGAAUGA